AUGCGACUCCAAGCGGCCGCGACCCUCUUUUCGCUCUCGGCUCUCGCUGCCGAGUCUGAAACAUCAAGCGCUGUCGCGGCAUCGGCUAGCGGUCCCGGCGCAUCACAUUGCUGCGGUGCUCUGCAAGACGCCGGCCUAAGCAUCCAGUAUCCGGGCGAUGAACCGUACGAAGAGAGGAUAGACUCGUACUGGUCUGUUGCUGCCCAGCUGCGCCCAUGGUGCCUGAUCCAGCCGCGAAACGCUGCCGACGUCUCCAAGGCCGUCGUCGCCUUGAAGCAGGCCAACACGACCCAGACAUGCCAGUUCGCCAUCCGCAGCGGCGGCCACACUGUUUGGCCCGGCGCCAACAACAUUGAGAACGGUGUGACGAUUGACCUGGGCCUCAUGAACACGACAACCAACUUCAAAAACGGCACUGCCGGUGUUGGUGCUGGUUCAAGGUGGGGCUCUGUCUUUUCUACCCUUUUGAAGGAUAAUCUUCACAUUGUUGGCGGUCGCGCCAGCUCUGUCGGUGUUGGCGGGUUCUUGCUUGGUGGCGGCAACUCGUUCUUCUCAGCCCGCAAGGGUAUGGCUUGUGAUAAUGUUGCACAGUACGAGCUUGUCCUGGGCAGCGGCGAGAUUGUCUAUGUCAACAAGGACAGCUAUCCGGACCUGUUCCCAGCCAUGAAGGGCUCCACCAACAAUUUUGGCAUCGUCACUCGUUUCGACCUCACCACGUUUGAGAGUGACAACAUUUGGGGCGGUGUGGUUGCGUACCCCUUCGACACGGCGCCCCAGCAGAUGGAGUAUCUCGAGGCCUUUACCAACAAGGUUGCCGAUGACCCCUACGCAUCCAUCAUCGUCAUUCUGAACUACGCGUCGUCCAUUGGCCAAGUGGUUGUAGCGAAUGCCUACGAGUACACCAAGACCAUCGACCCUUCGCCGCCGCCUGCCAUCUUCCAGGACUUCCUCUCCAUUCCCGGCAAUAUUUCCGACUCGAUGAGGAUCACCAACAUCUCUGACCUCAUCGACGAACUUGAGCAACCCGCCGGCUACCGCGACGCCUUCAUGACCAUCACUUUCCAAAACGACGCCCAAGUCAUGAAGAAAGCUGCCGAGCUCUUCGACGCCAUGGUGAAGAAGCUGAAGAAGGACGGCGGCGACUGGCUCACCCUAACCAUGUUCCAGCCGCUUCCCGCUGUCUUCGCCGACCUCGGCGUCGAGCGCGGCGGCAACAUGCUGGGCCUGGACCAGUCUUCCGAGAACAACAUCCUUUUCAUGAGCUACUGCGGCUGGAAGGGCGCCGAGAAGGAUGCCAUGUUCGAGGAUGCGGAGCGCGAGCUCAUGACCGAGCUGAAGGCCUUCUCGAAGAGCAAGGGCAAGGACCACCCGUACGUUUACCUGCCCUACGCCUACUCGGAUCAGAAGCCGCUCGAGAGCUACCCGCUCGUCAACAUCGAGCGCAUCCGCGCCAUGGCGCAGAAGUACGACCCCGAAGGCGUCUUCCAGACCAUGGUUCCUGGCGGGUUCAAGAUUUCCAAGGUCGAGGUUCCUGCCGGCGAUGUGGGAGCGGAGGCUUCUUCCAGGUCUCGGUCUGCAACAGCCAAAGAUGAGGCCAAGCGGGAUGAGCUCUAG